UGCACCUUGCGUGAAUACAAGCGUGUGGUUUUCAGCUCAGGAGGUGUAGGAAAAUCUGCUCUGACUGUCCAGUUUGUUCAAAGAAUUUUUGUUGAAAAAUACGAUUCUACGAUAGAAGACUCUUACAGAAAGCAAGUUGAAGUAGAUGUACAACAAUGUAUGCUUGAAAUCUUGGAUACCGCAGGAGCAGAACAAUUUACAGCAAUGAGGAAUUUGUACAUGAAAAAUGGACAAGGCUUUGUAUUAGUGUAUUCCAUCACAGCACAGUCUACAUGUAAUGAUUUACAAGAUCAGAGAGAACAGAUUCUUCGAGUUAAAGACACUGAUGACGUUCCAGUGAUUCUGGUUGGUAACAAGUGUGACUUGGAAGAUGGAAGAAUUGUAGGAAAGGAACAAGGUCAAAAUCGAGCAAGACAAUGGAACAACUGUGCAUUCUUAGGGUCCUCUGCAAAAUCAAAAAUAAAUGUUAAUGAGAUCUUUUAUGACCUCGUGUGGCAAAUUAACAGAAAAAAUCCAGUGCCUGGUAAUCACUUAUCUUCACUUAAUCUUCACUUUGAGUGCCUGGUAAGGCCGGCAAAAAGUCCUCCUGAUUUAAUACACGAAAUGCAUUGUAGCUCUGAGCCAGGUCUGAAGAAUUGUUGCCCAAUUCAACAGUGCCAGCAAUCCAACUUUAUUAAACCUACCAACAUCUUAAAUGGACUUUCCUGUGGUGGUACUCUUUAA